UAGAAACUCAGAGGGAGGGAAAUCAAAUAAGAACUUCGGCGAUGGCGCACAUUACCGCCCGCCGCACCGUAGCAUCACUCGUUACGCGAGCCCUCUCGUCUUCGACUCCAACUUCUUUUUCAUCUCCUCCUCGCUUCGCUUUUGCUCUUACCGACAAAAUCCCACUGCCUCAUCUCCUCCCAAACCCGGUCAGAAUCCCGGUCCGACCUCAGACUUCCGGGUCUGGAUACUCUCCCCUCAAUGAUCCUUCUCCGAACUGGAGCAACCGUCCUCCCAAGGAGACUAUUCUUCUUGAUGGUUGCGAUUACGAGCACUGGCUUAUAGUCAUGGAGUUCAAUGACCCACAGCCCAAUGAAGAAGAGAUGAAAAACAGCUACGUCAAGACCCUAGCACAAGUAUUGGGCAGUGAGGAAGAGGCCAAGAAGAAAAUUUACUCGGUUUGUACGACUACGUAUACUGGGUUUGGUGCCCUGAUAUCAGAAGAGCACUCUCACAAGGUGAAAGGAUUACCUGGUGUUCUCUGGGUUUUGCCAGAUUCAUACCUUGAUGUCCCCAACAAAGAUUAUGGAGGGGACCUUUUCAUUGAUGGGAAAGUCGUCCAUAGGCCACAGUUUUGGUACAACCAGAGUCAACCAGCUAGGAAUAGGCCUCGCCCACGGUAUGAUAGAAACCGAGAAACAAGCCCGGUUGAGUGGAGACAGCCAAUUCAAACACAGGGCGGGAACCAAGAUCAGAUCAGACAGUCUCCGCAGCAAUCAAUGGCGAUGGAUGGCCCUAAUUCGCCUCAUGGUGGAGCAAGCAAUUCGUCCAUGAACCAAGGAGGAUUUAAUCAGAAUAAUCUCUGAGAAUCCAAUAUCUAUGAACAAGUUUGAACUCAGAAUAAUGUCUGGUAAUAGGAUAGCAAGAAGCACCGUGCACCGGUUGGCUAAAAUGGCAGAAUAGAGAGGUAUUGAAAUUCUGUACUCGGAUUAACUUUUGUCAAAAUAGGUGGAUAAACUUCCUCCUCCCUUAUUCAAAAAUGUGGUGGGGGGUCAAAGGUAACAAUUUGCUUCAAUUUUUUGUUUGCAUUGAUAGCUGCUGCCUGGGGAGGGCAUUGAGCAUUUUCGUUUUUAAUUUUUUUAAAAAUACAGCUUGAUCUGUUUAGCGGUUGUGGCGUAUAGCCUGUCUUAAUACUCAUGCAUGCUUCGAUAAGCGACAACAUAGAUGCAUGGUUGUGGUCCUUGUGACAUAUAUAUCAACUUGAUAUCGUGAAAAGAAGAAGACAACGAUAGUAUGAGCCAGAUUUUGACAUUUUGUGGUAUUCUGUUUCCUCUUUUCUA